AUGGCUUUCAUGACCACUAGUACUGAUAAGACAGCCCUGCCUUCUUCUUCUUCUUCUUCGCCAACUCGAUGGAAAUAUGAUGUUUUCCUUAGUUUCCAUGGUGAGGAUACCCGUAAGAGUUUUACAGCACAUUUAUAUACUGCUUUAGAACAGAAAGGCAUUUUUACCUUUAGGGAUGAUGAAAAACUAGAGCGUGGACAAUAUAUUUCUCUGGAACUCUUGAAAGCAAUUAAAGAAUCCAAGUAUGCCAUCAUUGUCUUCUCAAUAAACUACGCUUUUUCGAAUUGGUGUUUGAUUGAGCUUGCCAAGAUCGCUGAAUGCAUGAAAGAAAACAGGCUAAUAGUUUUUCCUGUCUUCUAUCACGUUGAUCCCUCUCACAUACGAAAUCAAAAGGGGACUUUUGCCGAAGCCUUUGUUAAACAUGGAGAGGAUCCGAAUAUCCACAUAAAGAAGAUACAAACAUGGAGAGCUGCCUUGGAGGAAGUGGGCAAUAUUGCCGGAUGGCAUCUACAUGAUAGGGAUGAGUCAACAGCUAUUAAAGAAAUCAUUGAAACGAUACUUAGUCAAUUGAAUCGUACAUGCUUGAGCAUUUCAGGGAAACUUUUUGGAAUAGACUCCCCAGUUGAUCAAAUGAUCAAGAACUUACAUAGAAAAAAUUCUGAUGGUGUUUGCUUUGUAGGGAUUUGUGGGAUGGGUGGAAUCGGUAAAACAACACUUGCAGAAGUGGUUUUCAAUAGAAUCAGAAAUCAAUUUCAAGCUACCAGCUUUAUUGAUUGUGUUAGAGAAAAGAGUAUUGGAUAUCAUGGUCUAAUUUCUUUACAAAAGCAACUUCUUUCUCAGAUCCUCGAGGAAGAAAAAAUAAAUAUUCAGGAUGUUCGUGAGGGAAUGAAUAUGAUAAAGAAUAGACUUUUCAGUAGAAAGGUUCUUAUUAUUCUUGACGAUGUGGAUAAAGAACAACAGCUAGAAGCAUUAACAGGGAAUCACGACUGGUUUGGUCCAGGGAGUAGAAUCAUUAUAACAAGUAGAGAUAGGCAUUUGUUAAAAAGACAUGUUGAUUAUAUAUAUAUGGCUACAGUCCUUGGACAUGCGAAUGCUAUGCAGCUCUUUUGUUGGAAAGCCUUCAAAAAUCCUUACCCCAAGGAAAAUUAUGUGGAUCUAUGCAAGGACUUUGUGGAAUAUGCUAAUGGACUUCCUUUAGCUCUUAAAGUUUUAGGUUCUUCAUUGUAUGAUCGAGGAACAAAUGAAUGGGAAAGUGCUCGAGAUAAGCUAAAAGAAAAUCCUAAUAGAGAAGUUUUAGACAUACUUGAAAUAGGUUUCCAUAGCCUUGGGGUUGCAGAGAGAAAACUAUUUUUAGAUAUUGCAUGUUUCUUCAAAAGAGAGAUAAAAAAAGAUCUCAUAAUAGAUUUAUUGGAAAGUUCUGAUUAUCCCCCACACAUCGACGUCGCUAUUCUUGUAGACAAAUCUCUACUUACUGUCUGCGAUGGGAACAGUUUCUCAAUGCAUGAUUUGCUACAAGAAAUGGGGAAAGAAAUAGUUCAACGUGAAUCUCCUGAAGUGCCUGGCCGACGUAGUAGAUUGUGGCUUCUUGAAGACGCCCUUGAAACGUUGAGCAAUAAUACUGUAAGUGCAUGGAUUAGUCAAGGAAUAAACUUAGAGAAUUCUUAUCAUUUAUAUCAAUUCCUUAAGCAUUUGCAAGAUAUUUUCCCACCAUAUAUGCUAUACUUUGUUCUCCUUGUUUUGUAG